UUUUCUGUGUAGAAAAAAUGGACCAGAAAAAAUAGAGAGCCUGUAAAUGGAAUCCGUUAACUCAAAAGUUAUCCUUUUUGUUUAUUCUCGCCUGCUGAUUCUAUUAAAAUACAUUUCUUUUCGUAAAAUGGGUAAGAAAGAAUGUGUAAAAUUGAAAAGUAGCAAAACUACAAAAGUAAUCCAGCUACUCUUCACUCACUACUGCUCUUCACUUCAACAGAAACCACCAAACUGUCUUUCUCUUCUCUUCUCUCAUGAUUUGACAGACAAGGUUUCUUUUGAAAUCUACCCUCGACAAUUCUGAAUACUUCUGCUGCGCCGAGUAGAUUGGAGAGUGUCAUGAGAAGAUCUGGGUUUUCCCUCUUUUGCUUCGCUCUCUUUGUCUCUAAUCUGCUUCACUUUCAAGUUGGAGCUGCUCCUACAGGGCCGUUAAUAAGGCAUUUGUCAUCAUUUCUCAGAUGGACGAGGUCUUCUCAGAAAACACCCCAGACAGAUGGGAACGUUGUUCAGUUUGAGAAUGGAUACUUGGUUGAGACUGUUGUAGAAGGGAACGAGCUCGGGGUAUCCCCAUAUUCUAUCCGUGUUUCCCAGGAUGGCGAACUCUUUGCUGUUGAUGCUGUCAAUAGCAACAUUGUUCGGAUAACUCCGCCAUUAUCCCAGUAUAGCAGGGCUAGGUUGGUUGCUGGGUCAUUUGAGGGCUAUUCGGGGCACGUAGAUGGGAAACCAAGCGAUGCUCGCUUUAAUCAUCCAAAAGGCGUUACCAUGGAUGAUAAAGGGAAUGUAUAUGUUGCAGAUACUUCUAACCUUGCUAUCAGGAAGAUUGGAGAAGCAGGGAUGCUUGCAGGUGUUACAACUAUUGCAGGAGGCAAAUCAAAUAUUGCAGGGUACAGAGAUGGGCCCAGUGAGGAUGCAAAAUUCUCUAAUGAUUUUGAUGUGGUGUAUAUUCGGCCUACUUGUUCCUUGUUAGUUGUUGAUAGAGGAAAUGCUGCUCUUCGGCAAAUUUCUCUUAAUCAAGAGGACUGUGAUUAUCAGUAUCACUCAAUUUCUGCCUCAGCAGAUAUUGUCAUGGUCAUUGGUGCUGUGUUGGUUGGAUACCUAUCGUGCAUGAUUCAGCAGGGAUAUGGACCAUCUAUUUUCUCAAAGACGCAGCAAACUUUAGACAGUAAGAUUCAAGACCAACCCAACAUGGAGAAGCCUACUCUGGUUGUGGAGAACCUAAAAGAGGAACCUGAUGCUGGAUGGCUGUCUUUUGGGAGACUUCUCCUUGAUUUAUCUAAACUUAUAGUUGAAGCCCUGGCUAGCAUAUUUCUUUACUUCAUCCCUGCUAGUCUCUGGCCAGGGAGGUCAAAGAAAGGUCUUACUCCAAUUCAAGACUCUCUGGUGAUGCCUGAAGAUAAACCUGACCCCCCACUGGUGCAGAAGCAGAGAAGUGCUGCUCCAAUCUCUGAAACUCGGCAGAUCCCCACUCCCAGUGCAACUGAUAAUUAUAUGGAGCAGAAGCUCCAAAAGAGUAGAUCAGCCAAUCUGAGGGAUCCUUCACUGAGCAAGCAUCGGUCUUCAAAGCGACAAGAAUAUGCACAGUUCUAUGGAUCAACAGAACUAACUCCUCCAUAUGGCCAAUUGAGUUCUAAGAGCCAGAGAGAGCGAACAAGGCACCGCUACCGUGACAGAAGUGGUGAGGUAGCUUUUGGAGUCAUGGGGCAAGAUCCAAAACCUGCUGAGGUCAAGUCAGUAGACUAUGACGAUCCAAAAUUUGACCAUUUCAACAUCAGGAGUAAGUAUGGAUCUGAUGAUUCCUUCCAUUUCUAGAUAUGCUGCAUUUCCUAAUGGCAUCCCUUAUCUUUUACCUGGGUGCCCAGAUUGUUCUUUUGGGUUUUCAUAGGUGAAUAAAUCUGGAUAAUUUCGAUAGGUGUUUUAUAAAUAUCCUUUUGUCCUAUAUCUGGUAAAUCUAUAUUUUUGCAGUUGCAUUUUUUAUUCUGAGGUUGGAUGUAGUUUGAGUAACUGUUAAAUACAAGAAUUGGUUACAAGCUUUUCCCCAA